GGUGAAUUUUACAGGGUGGCAGACUUUCGGCCGGGUGGUCGAUAAGAAGAAGAAAUAGAUAGACAUUAAAAACAAAAUGUUUAAUUCCAUUGAGAUACACGAUUCUGAUGACGAUAUGCCUGAACCACAAAGAAAAUUGGCUAAAUUAGUAACUAGUGGCAGCGAGUCAAAUGAAACAUCACCGGAAAAACCAAAAGAGACGUCUGAAGCAUCCACAAGCAAAUCGUGUGAGCCUUCAACCUCCAACAGUUCCAAUCCACUCCAAGCACAGACGCAAGUACGGCACAGAUCCCGCAAAACACAACACACAGUUCGCAACGCUGCUGAGAACGAAAUUCAGUUUGAGACGAUACCGCUAAAAGAGGCCAUCAAAAAGGAGCAUCGAUUGAGUGACAAUGAUAUUAAGCAUACCAUAAAAAAAAUGCUGGAAUCGGAGGAAGUCCAGGAUAUAAUCCAACGUAUUGCUAACGAGCGUGUGCGUUGCAACUUUUUGCUUGCCACAUAUCAGAUGACCGAUAUAAACUUCCCACUAAACAGCAAUCCAGAAUUUCUAAGAGCUCAGUUCCGUGACCGACUCAAGAAACGCAAGGAACAAGUGGCUACAGCAACAAAUAAUCCAACGCAAAAUUAAAAUAAUUUUAGUGAAUUAACAAAAAAAUUGUAAUUAAGCACAA